CUUCACAAAAAAAAAAAUGGCAACGCCGUUGCCAAAUCACACAGAGAAAAUAUUGGAGAAGAAAUCCAAUCUAAAUUCGUUUUAUGCCAUUUCUAUAUUGAUAAUCAUUUAUAUUUCGACAUCCUACAUCUUCAAUCUCUCAGCUUCAUCUCUGAUGCGCACCACCAAAUUCUGGUUCAUCAUCUCCAACUCCCUCAUCCUCAUCAUCGCACUCGAUUCUGGAGCCUUUUCUCUCUCUAAAACUCUCGUUUUUUUCGAAGAUUACACCAUUAAUUACAACCUCCAACCAAACCAGAUCUACCAUCACGCACAACCUCCAGAAAAGAUUAUAUGCGUAGUUUCUUCUGAUGAUCACGUGAAUAUUCCGACGACGCUCGAAGAGAAGGAUGAGAAAUUGGAUGGAGAGAAAUCUGAAUUCGAAGAAAAUGCAGAGGAGGAAGAAAACGAGUAUUCUAGAAUGUCGAAUGAAGAAGUGAACAGAAGAGUUGAGGAAUUUAUUCGAAGGUUUAACACACAGAUUAGGCUUCAAGCACGCACAAAAACCGACCACCCUUAGCCUCAAUUUUGUUUUCUUGAUAUGAACUGUGCUUUAAUUUUUUAAUCUUUCUGGUAAUAAUUAGUAAUUCGUGUAACGUGUUGAGAAAGAAGAUGGGUGCGUUUCAUAUGAAAGACUUUUUCACUUAAAUUAUAAUUAAGCAUCUUGUUAA